CAUCGCCUUUCACCCUCCGUAGGUGAAUUGGGAGAGGCAAGCCGAGGUGGGCAGCUUUGGCAUUGGUGUGAGAAGCCGACCGCUCAGGCACAUCGUCCCUGUUUGCCCUGAUGCCGGUAGUGACAAUCGCCGGAGAAUGCAUGCGUCGAACAUUCUGCGUUGGCUUCCGUACCUAUGUCAUGGCAAGGCGAAAAAGACCGCAAUCCGACCCGAUAGGAGCUUGACCCAACCUAUUUCUCUGGACUUUGAGUCGAUGUGUGUUUUGAUAUGCUUCAAAAUGUCUCACUAGCCGCCAUCAAAUCGGUCAGGACGGUUGUCAAUUGCUCAUCCUUGGCCUUCCGACUCCCGGCAACACUCCUUGUGCCACAUUCUGGCCCAUUCUGACCGUUACCAUUGUUCCUCCCAAUCGUCGCAUUAGGUGUGAGCUCACGUAAAGUGCUCCCUUACGAUGGAUUCUACGAAUGCGAAGAGUUGGGCUCCUGACCCUCAUAUGUCCCUUUCUACUCCCCAUUCUACGCAAAUUUCUCUUCAGAACUCCAAUCCACAACUCAGGCCAUCGCUUACACCACGGACCAUGGCGUUUCCGACUGAUGACCCACCGACCAACGGCGCCGACGGUGUUCAGGGCUGGGAAGACGUUUUUGCUGCCCUCCCUAGUGGUGUCUCGACCAUGUCUUCAUUCUACGACUGUGUCCCGAAAGGGGAUCCAGGCGGCCCUCCGAACACUUCCUCCUCAUAUGUCCCUACUGAAGAGGAAUUUCUGAAUUAUACUGCAAUCCCUUCAUAUGCGUCCGGACCCACCAACGAUGUAUACGGAGCCAGGUGGCCUUCGGCGGCAGAUGUGACUUGCCCUCGGCGAUUUCCAGAUCUCGCUCAACGAAGUCCAUUUAACUCAGUCGAAGACUCGUUCCCUCCUUCCGUAUAUCAAAUCCAAACGCCGGAGAUAUCAAACAUCCAAACAGAUCGAUCGAGUACUUUCCCUGGAUACUUGCCCUUUGACCCAAGCGCCUCGGGGACGGUGCAGGUAAAAGAGGAAUAUCCUUCACCUGCUGCGGAUGAACCAAGUUCUCUUAGUCCAUCCGAUGGAUAUGGCACAGAAUUCAAGCCUUCCGCAGGCUUCACUAGUGCGAAUGCCGAAGUCAAAACCCCUCCGCGAAAUGGGGAAGACUCUGCUGCCGAAAAGGAGGAGCCCUACGCAAAGCUGAUCUUUCGAGCGCUCUUGCACGCACCAAAUCACACCAUGAUUCUUCGCGAUAUCUACACCUGGUUCCGGCAGAACACCGAUAAAGGCAAAGAUCCCGACACCAAAGGAUGGCAAAACAGUAUCCGGCAUAACCUUUCGAUGAAUGGGGCAUUCAAGAAGGUUGACCAACCGUUUGGGGAUGAAACGAAGAAAGGGUUCAUGUGGCGGUUGGACGAAGACGCGGUCCGAGAAGGUGUCAAAUCCACGACUCGAUUUCGUACCAAGCAGGGGAAUAAGCGAAAUGGACGAUCCCACCAUCCUGCACCUCAGCGGCAAGCGUCAGGAGCAAAAGGCGGACAAGCUACGAAACGAAACGCUCGCUUGCGCCGCUCAGGAAAACUCGACCGAAUGGAUGAAGUUCCAUCGCUAAACAUGACGAAUCCCGCUUACCGCUAUUCCUAUCCGCAUGGAUUGCCUCAAGUGGACCUGCCAUCCCAACCGAGUUUCGCGUACGAUGCGCACGAUCUCCUUUUCACGACUUCCACCCCCCCACUCACUGCUCCUUCACCAUACUACACUCCCCCGAGCCAGCCGUCACCAUACCACGAAGAUCCAGGCAUGGUCGCCAGUCGACCUCAGACCUCCGCAGCUGCCACAGAUGAGCGGACCCCUCCGACUCCUGUAUCCUCAGUCUUCGGUGAACACAAAUUCAGCCCGGCUGCGCUGGAUGGUAGUGCGGCUGCAUCACCGAUCCAUGAAGGGAUCAACGAAGGGAUCCAUGCGCUGGAGUUUAAACUCAAGCCAGGGGAGCCGCUCUUCUACGACAGUCCUCCAUCGGAUACCAACUCGCCCGUAACGCCGCAAUCACUUGACUGGCAGAUGGAUCUGGCGAGCAUGGUGCCAUCCACCUUCGAUCCCCCACUGUGCCACGACGACUUCAACCGGUGGCUCUGAUGAGAAACGUUUAUGCAACACCACCAUUGCUUUCAAUUACGCGACUGGUUACCGUCAAGUCAAGAGACGACCCUCCUUAUGGCGUGACGAAUCAUAUGUACAUCUGAUAUUAAUGACAUUCAUGACCUGCAUGACCAAGUUAUGGGAUCGUGGAACUCGGGAAUUUCCACAAAGGUUGGAACAAAUC